CUGUGACUGGAGGCUAAAUCACCCACCAGACAACUGAAAUUCUGCUGAUUGUGAUCCGUGCCAUCGGGUGACUAACAAGCAGAUUACGCCGUACAGAAGAAUGAACAGCUGGAAGUCGUUAAGCAAACCACGGUUCAUAACGCCGGCUUAGCUGAAAAUAUUGACAAACUGGAAAAAAGAACGACACCUUCCCCGCAAAUUUUUUGCCGGCCUCAAGCGCUGGCUCUACAAAAAGAUUUUUGCUUAAAAGCGAAGCAGCAAACUAGUAAUCACCAACUUGCAACAUUUAAUAAGGCUUUAUCAAUUUUAUAAGCGUAUUGCACUACAUCAACCAAUAUGGGUGUCUCCGGCAAGCCGUUGCUGUUGUCGCUUUUUCUGCUGCUGACAAAACAAUCGGUUUUGACAACAAAUCCCUGUUCGACUUCCAAUCCGUUAGGAAUCUUUUGCGGCAGCUUGACUAUUCCCGACCAAUUCAACGCCAGUCAGUUUCCCACGAAUACUACCAUGCUGAGCUUGGGCGAUGACAAAGCCCCAUCCUUCCUAAAGAAUGCGCCUCCAUUACCGGCGUGGCCCAAUUUGCAAUACGUCACUUUCAACCGCUUCGAAUUCAACGACACUAACACCAUAAAAUCCUGGUUGUCCAAUGUCAAGAAGACGGUAAGGAAUUUGGAGUUUGUCGGCGGACGAUUGCCCUCACUGGAUUCGGGAAUGUUUGACGGGUUCGACAACUUGGAAACCCUCCGUGUGGAUAAUGCCGGACUGCAGCGAAUCCAACCGGGAGCGUUCAAGGGUACACCGGCGUUAACGGAGUUGCUGUUAAAAGGAAAUCAACUGAAAGAGCUGGAUUGGUCGGUUCUUCCGGAAAACGUUGGGUUGCUGAACGCCCCGAUGAAUUCCAUCACCACCCUCAAAGUCUCAUCACCUCCGAAUCUGCCUAAUCUUCAUCACGCCAAUCUGGGAGGCAACAACAUCACCGCCAUACCAGCUGAACUGAUCACUUUCCUUCGCAACGGUGCCCGCUUUCAGUCAAUUCAAGUGGAUUUAGCAGGAAACCCACUGAUACAAAACAGUGACCUUUGCACUACUACAAAGCUGCAACCACUUCUUCGUUUGGCUGACGAGAAAGUCCAGAAAGUGGAUAUUUUCUUGACUUGUGGGGACAAUCAGCAGGCAUUCUGUGAACCUAAUAAUGCGACAUCAAAAGAGGCGUUCCAGUGCAAAGGAUGCUGGAAAGCGCUGCCCUACGAAAUGGUGGCGUCCGCGUAUGAUGUUUGCCAGCUGGGCAAACAGUCCUCCACGUUUUGAACUCGAUAUCUUAAUUGGACCUUUACGUACUUAGCGUGCUACGUAAAUGUAAACGGUCAGUCUUGUUGCCGAAAACUGUCAUUUAAGUCGCCUGGUCGAUGUAAGCAAAGGUGACGGCUUAAACUUUACCGCGAAAUAAAUUCA